AUGAAGGUAUUUCUUUGCUUGCUUGCCGUGUGCGGUGCGGCCCAUGCUGGUUUCCUAGGAGGUUCCGGCUACGGUAGUGGCGGCUGGUCGUCUGGUGGCUAUGGCGGCGACUAUGGAGGUGGCUACGGCGGCGGCCAUGGUGGCUCUGGUGGUUACGGCGGCGGCGGCGGCUGGUCAUCUGGUGGCUACGGCGGUGGCUACGGCGGUGGUUACGGUGGUGGCGCCGUUAAAAUCGUCAAAGUUAUUUCCGAUGGCGGCUAUGGCGGCGGUGGCUGGGCUCCACAAGGCGGUUGGAAACGCUCCUUGGAAGGCUUACUCGGCGGCGGUGGUGGUGGCGGCGGCGGCGGCGGCGGCGGUGGAGGUGCCGGCCUGGGCGGCAUCGCACAAUUGCUGCAAAGCAAGCUUGGCGGACUAGGCGGUGGACUUGGUGGUGGACAAGGAGGCGGCAGAAGCUAUUCGGGCGGUAGCAGCUACUCUGGCGGUGGCGGCUACUCCGGUGGUGGCGGCUACUCUGGCGGUGGCGGAUACUCCGGCGGUGGUGGAUACUCCGGCGGUGGUGGAUACUCCGGCGGUGGUGGCCACUCUGGUGGUGCUAGCUAUGCUGCACCCGCUGAGAAGGUUAUCAUUGUCAAGGUCAUUAGCGAGGGCAGCAGCGGUGGCUACUCCGGCGGUCAUUCCGGCGGCUACUCUGGCGGUUACUCCGGCGGUCAUUCCGGUGGCUACUCCGGCGGCUACUCCGGCGGCUACUCUGGCGCUCGAGGCGGAAGCAGCGGUGGCGGCUGGCAAAAGGGUGGCUGGUAA